AUGUAUCAAAAUUUCGGAUCAGAAAGUGAGGGACGAGAAAGGGAUCCUUCGUGGUCAGGAUACUAUAAGGACAAUGGAACUCAUUACUUGCUGUACGGAAAGCCAGAGGAUAUCGCACCAACACCCAACUUUGGAAAUAUAUCCUCGAAUCCUUUCAUCAACGCCCUGGAAGCCCAGGAAAGUUUUCCAACUAGAAUCGUUAAUGGCAAAAGGAUUCCGUGCACAGAAGCUCCCUUCCAGGGAUCCCUACACUACGAAGGAUACUUUGUUUGUGGCUGUGUGAUCAUCAAUAAAAUUUGGAUACUCACUGCCCACCACUGCUUUUUUGGACCACCUGAAAAGUACACCGUGCGAGUGGGCUCGGAUCAACAGAGACGAGGUGGUCAACUGCGUCAUGUGAAGAAAAUCGUGGCGUUGGCGGCCUACAAUGACUACACCAUGCGACACGAUCUGGCCAUGAUGAAACUGAAAUCCCCGGUCUACUUUGGCAAAUGUGUUAGGCCUGUGAAGCUACCCUCUACCAAAACAACGAAAUUUCCCAAGAAAUUUGUAGUCAGCGGAUGGGGUAUUACCUCGGCUAAUGCGCAGAAUGUCCAGCGCUAUCUUCGCCGCGUGCAAAUUGACUAUAUAAAACGAUCAAAGUGCCAAAAAAUGUACAAAAAAGCCGGGCUAAAAAUAUACAAGGACAUGAUCUGCGCCAGUCGAACAAACAAGGAUAGCUGUUCCGGAGAUUCUGGUGGUCCCCUAACCAGCAGAGGCGUCCUUUAUGGAAUCGUGUCCUGGGGCAUUGGUUGCGCCAACAAAAACUAUCCCGGUGUUUAUGUCAACUGCAAACGAUACGUUCCUUGGAUUAAAAAAGUCAUUCACAAAUAUUAA